AUGGUCAGUACAAUAGAUGACGAUCAAGAUUUAUCAACAGUGGAAAACGGGCAGCUGAGGGGAAGGGAGAGUCUUGUAGCUGACUCAAGGUCUGGAAGUCCUGCAACUGCCACCACCGAGGAAAAUAUUGAUUGUAUUCACCAUAUGGUGAUGGAUAACAAGCGACUGACUAUAGAUCAAAUACCUAAUGUUAUUAGCAUUUCAUGUGAGAGAAUUGAGAAUAUUCUACACAAUGAACAUGGCAUGACGAAGGUUUCUGCUCGUUGGGCACCAUGUCUUGUGACACCUGAUCAAAAGAGCCCUAGUCUAAUCAAAUCACUGGAAUAUCUGAUAUUGUUUGGCUGA